UUUUUUAAUGUAUUCGAAUACAAGGGCAAGGAAAAAGUUCAACUUAUCGAGACCGUAUACAACAUUAAAACGAUUAUUAUUUAUUUCGUCCAGUCCGCGAUCGUAGUGUUCGCCACCGUCGCCACUCUGUUCGGGCGUAUGGUGUUCGCUCACCCUCCGGGGCACGAGAGUAACCACGGCGACGGCGACCACAGCAACCACGGUGCAGGUCAUCCGCUGUCGAUGUACCAGUACAGCGGUCACGCGCCACCAGCCGCCCCGUACCAUUUCGAGUACGGCGUGGAGGACCUGCACGCGCACGACAUCAAGAGCCAACAAGAAGUGAGCGACGGACACGGAAACGUCAAGGGAUCGUACAGUCUGGUGGAACCCGACGGCUCCACCCGAUUGGUCGAGUACACCGCGGACAACGAGCGCGGGUUCAACGCCGUGGUCAAGAAAAUCGGUGCUCCCCACGACGGCGACAGCGACCACCAUCGGUCGCACACGGAAGUCGACUACCACCACCGACUGCCGUCCAAUCACCCCCUGCAGGACUAACGAUUGGUGAUUAUCGAGCAACCCGAACUGUAAUUUCGUUCAUUACCAUCGUAAUAAUAUAUCGUUCAUAGUCAUUUACCGAUAAUUAAUAUUGUCCUGCGGCUGUUGUUGCCGUUGUCGUUGUUGGCCAUGUGUAAUGAUGAUAAUGAUGAUAUUAAUAACAAUCGUACAAUUCGUACAACUGCGUUUGGUGAUUCUUUGCACA